AUGCAACAUCCACCAUCGUCCUCGUCACCAUUAUGUUGUUUGAAAUGUCAAAGUUUAAAAUCAUCAUCGAAGAAUAUUGAUCAUUUAUCAUCAUGUGACAUAUGUUGGAGUUACUUGUUAAAUAAUUCAAAUAUUAACAAUCUAAAUAUUUCACAUAUAUUUACUUUAUUAAGAACGUGGAAUGACAAUAUUAAACAAUAUUUUGGUAAUUUAAUUCUAUUGGCGCUUGAAAAAGGUGCAAAUGUAAAUGAUUAUGAUUUAUUAUCGGGUAUGAACUUAUUGAUGUUUGCAUGCAAAUUUGGUGCGUCAAAAUUACAAAAUGAAUAUAAAGCAGCUCGUAUAGUCGAUAUUUUAAUUGAAAAAGGUGCCAACAUAUCUGCUGUUUGUCUAUGGUGUAACAUGAAUUGUCUUCAUAUCAUCUCGUUUUUUGAUUGUCCUGUUGUUUGUCAACAACUACUUCAAUAUCCUGAAACACAGUCAAUUAUAAAUAGUCCUUGUCCGAUAUUUCAUAAUGGAUCUGCAUUGCAUAUUGCAUGUUUAUUCUUAUCGGUCAAGAUAGUAAAAAUGUUGUUAAUGGCUGAAGCUGAUAAAACAAAAUUAGACGAUGUGAACCGUACACCAUUUGAUUGUAUACCUAAUGAUAAUAGUUUGACAAAUAUAAACGAUAAAAGUUUAGCCAGUAAAAUACGUCGUAUCUUACUCAAUUAUGAGAAUGUAGAACUUUGUCAACUUGACAACCAUCAUUCGUUUAUUAGCCAAGAUCAAUGUUUAACGUCACCAUCACCAUCACCACCAGUAAACGUAACAACAACGUUGACAAAUAAUUUCAAUAUUGGAGAUCGUGUGUCAAUCAGAAACGGAAGGGAUACAAUGGAUGUCGGUAUAAUUAGAUAUUUUGGCAGUGUUCAAUUUGGAUCGGGAUUAUGGUAUGGCAUCGAAUUGUCUCAACCAAAUGGAAAACAUGACGGUUCCGUUGGAGGUGUAAGAUAUUUCGGUUGUGAUCCAAAUAAAGGGACAUUUGUUCAUCAGUCAUCUUUAAGAAAGGUUGAUAAUCAAUUAAUUUCUUCGUCAAUGUCAAUUUCACCUGUUCGUGAAAGAAGAUUUCGUCCCAUUAAUUUUCCAACUGUUGAUACAUUAAAUGUGCGAAGCAAGGUUGAUUCAGGUUUAAGACGUCAAACUUCAGACGAAAAAGAAGAGUUUCAAGUUAACGACCGUAUUCGCUUAACAAAAAAUCGUACAGGUACCAUUCGAUAUAUUGGUGAAACCUCAUUAGGACCAGGUACGUGGUACGGUAUUGAACUUGAUCAAGCAAACGGCCUUCAUGAUGGGUGUUUAUUUGAUGAUGUGAGAUAUUUUACAUGUCGACCAAAUCACGCCAUAAUUCGUUACAUUGGUUCAACAUCAUUUGCCGAUGGAGUAUGGAUUGGUAUUGAAUACUGUUUUGAAGCUAUUGGUAAAAAUAAUGGUUCCGUUAAUGGAAAAACCUAUUUUAGUUGUAAACCAAAUUAUGGCUUGUUUAUAAUGACAUCGUCCGAAAUAGAACGAGAAAACUUUUCUAAGGAAACAACUAAUAUUGUCAAUAAAACAUUUUCAUCUAUUAAAUUCAAUUUGCGAAGUGGAACACAAAUACAACAACCAUUUUAUAGUAAAAUUCAUACGGUGGAUACUCGUUACAAUCUAUUUGAUCAAUUUGAUUCAAUUAUUCAAAAUAUAAAAGAUAUCCAUGUCGAAUGUGGUGAAAUAAUUGAAUUUGCAAAAAAUAAUUUACUUUUAUUAGAGAAUAUUAUCUGGUUAAUAAAAUCUCAGACAAGUGACAUUCAGAAGGCCUUAAUAACACAAUUAUUACAAUUUUGCUGUUGUCAUACAAAUAGUGAAAUACGCUUUAUGACUGAAAAUCUUCUAAAAUACCUACACGAUGAUAUUACGAUCUGGCCAUUAUCGAUGAAGUUUAUAUUUGGAGCAUUACAUAGUGCAGGUGUAAAUGGAGAAAAACUUUAUGAUUUAUUAAACAUCGUGCAGUUAACUAAUUUCGACACAGAUUUAUUAUUGAAAAACUGUUUAAUUCCCACAACAAGUAAAGCAUCCAUAAACGAUAUUUUAUUAACAAUUAAACGUGUGUAUCGAAUUAUACUAGCCGUAUCGUAUUUUACAACAGAAAAAGGCAAUAGAUUGUCUGAUGAUGAAAAUCUAACAUUAUUUGUCAUUGGACAUUAUUUAAUGCUUGAUAAACGUUUUAUUGAUAUUAAUAUUAUCGAAUAUGGACGAAGACUUAUGGCUAAUUCAUUAUUGUAUUUAACACCAGCUUAUUGGGCUGAAAAACGUAAUUUGAUAAUCUCAUGUAUGCUCGGUUCAACCAACCAUAUGUGUCUUAUUGAAUCAUUAUUGAAAACAACUGAUCGUACAAUUUGGUUAAGAUCACAAAUUGCUUUUCUUCAGUUGAAACAUCUAGUCAAAUUAGAAAGUAAUGAUAAGAGAAACGAAAUAACAAUUUUGGAAAAUAUUAUCGAAAAUAAAUUGAAUCUAAAAUUAUUCGAUAAAGAAAUUGAUUUUAUUGAUGCCAUACGUUUAAUAUCAGAAAUAGUCGAUAGUUAUCCAUUUGAACAAAAAAUGACAUUUCUUUGUGAAUUACAUGAAAAACUCGUUCCAUAUACUGCAAAAACACUUGAAAAAAUGAUGGAGGAUCAGCAUCAUUUAUUAAUAUUUGAUUAUUGUAAAAUGUGGGAAACAAUGUUAAAUCCUGUAUUGACAAAAGACGAUUAUUUUUUACUUGUUGAUAAACGAGAUAAUACUACAACAAGUGUGCUUGAUAACAAUCAAAAUUUCACAAGCUCUUAA